GUUCUUCUCCACGCGAUUGGCUGAAUCCGCGCAUGCACCCUCUUCAUUGUUCCGUAGCGUCGUAGCAGCUAACACGCCAUAGUGUAGUAGUGCGGGAAUCUGGAGCGGAGCGGCUCUUCUUCAUUCACAGGCUUCUCGAAAUUUCACCUCCCGGCCCUCAUUCUGGAGAGCACCUAAGCUGAAAACACGGCGUUGUUUGUGAGAGAGCGGAGUAGAAGAGAGGGAAAGUGAGCGGAUAGAGCAGUUUUUGUGGUUUUAUCGGCGGUUUUUCUCUGAGAGCGGCGGCAGCAGCGGCAGGCGGGCUGAUGGCGGUCUCUAUCGAGGAUCUUUACCGGAGCUACGGGAUCCUUGCUGAUGCGAAGGACAACCUCAGUCAGGUAAAUGAACCCUAAAUAGUGUUCUUAUUUGAGAGCUGAUGGUUCUGGAAGUUAACCUCUUUAUUUCUGCUCCAUCAUGUGUGAACAUUGUUGUGAUAGCCUCGGCUAAUGUAGCUAAUGUUAGCUAACAUCAGUGACCGGGCUGAUGGUUCUGGCCUCUCCAUACAGACCCCGAUCAGAGGGUCCUCACUGUCCUCUACCAUCAGAUUUACUCUAUUUAGAGCAUUAUACGUGCUCAGAAAACAUCACUUUAACUAUUAAACUGUAGAAAUAUUUAAAUUAUUAUAAAAGGACCACUAAAAUCCCAAUAUUUAGCUCAGUGUGACCUUUAUUUUGAUGUUGUUCUGGACCUAAAACCCGUCUAAUCUAGAACCAGACCUCUGAGACGUCUCAUAUCUGGACUAAAUUAUUGUAAAGAGGCUUCUGUCUGUUUCUGAGACAGUAAAAAAAGGUCAAGUUCUAAGUUUUUACUCGAGCUGGAAUGAUAUGCUUUCUCCCGAUUUGAUUCUUCUCCGAUUUUUUUAUUUUAUUUUUUUAUGCCGAUCCGAUUUAAAUCGCGAUUCUGUGAUAUUGUCGAUUUUCUUGAUUUUUUAAUCUGCAUUUUUAACACCAAUAAUAUCGUGGAAUUAUUACAAUUUCUGUUCGAUGAGCUUUUAAACAGAGUUUCGGAUUUGUGAGACUUUUAUUCUACUCUUUAAAACGCAAAAAAAGUCGACCCAACUUCUUUGUUUUGAUAACAUGACACUGAUCCAGUAAAAUUGUUGUUUUUUUCAGGCGUAGAUACCGAUUUGCAGAACCUUCAUAUUCUAAAGGGCAAAAAGGGUUUUAUUGAUUCUUUUCCUGACUAUACCCCAUAGGGACCAGGUCCUCAUUCAGAACCACAAUACUAUGACUAAGUGCUGGUCUGUCAAGGCUAGAUAUUGGGAUUUUGGUUCACAGUCUGUUUAAGGUCUUUGUAAGGUCUAGACUGUGAAAUCAGUUUUAAAAACCUAAAGCUGUGUUAAAAGAAGUCUGGAGACUCUCUUUGAUACUGAAGUCCAGAUCUGACAAGUCUAGGUUUGCUGGUUUUGGAUGAGGAUCUUGUUCCUAGUCAGAUCUGAUGCUGUAGAGAUAAUUCAAACCUUGACUUAAAUAAAUGUCAGUGAAGCUACAGGAUCGUCUAGUCCUGCAGGUUUUUCUUGUUCUACAAAGACGAUCAAAAUCAUUAUUUCGUUUCUCUGGUUAGAUAGUCGACAUGAGUUUGUGUUAGCUUUAGGUAAAAGAUGUUCUCUGUGUCACUGUUGCCCAUUUAACAGUGAAUUAUUCCAGGUCUUUGUAAAUGGUUAAAAAUCGAGAUCUGUCUCAAUCCAAAUAAAAUUGAUCAGUUGAUUGAUCAAUUGAGUUACCCAGUCUUUAUCAAUGACUGAAAGUUAGUCAUUGAUCAUCCUUUUAGAUAGUGUGUUUUAAUAAACGACAGGGACACAGAAAUACUCCAGUACAGAUCUAUAACGGUAGAGAGUGAUCAACAAACAUAGAUACUGACUGAUGUUGAUCAAUCAGAGUAGUGGGUCUCUGAUUUGGUCAGUGAUCAUUCUCUCCUCAGAUAGGCGGGUUACUGUGUUUGAUAAUGUUCAGGAACAAAGUCACGUUCAGUCUAGACCCUUCUACAAACACCACCAUGAUGUGAAACUCCACUAACAGGAUGUCUCUGUGGCGCGUCUGUCAGAUUUGAACUGAUCUGUUCUUGUUUGUUUUUGUCGUCCUGCAGCACAAAGAUGCAUACCAAGUCAUCUUGGACGGCGUGAAAGGCGGACCGAAAGAGAAGCGUCUGGCGGCACAGUUUAUUCCCAAGUUCUUCAGCAACUUUCCGGAGCUGGCCGAUGCAGCGAUCAACGCUCAGCUUGACCUUUGUGAAGACGAGGACGUGUCUGUGAGUAUUUUCCUGCUCUCGUAGAUCACAUGGGUUCAAAUGGUCAUUUCUGUUUUGUUCCUGAAGUGAUGUUGAGUUUCUUCUGACACAACCGUUUAAUUUAACCACAUGGACUUUCCUCUGAGUAAUCGCGAACUUCUCUUUGUUCAGAUUCGGCGGCAGGCGAUCAAGGAACUCCCGCGGUUUGCAACAGGAGAGAACAUCUUCAGAGUCGCCGAUAUUCUCACCCAGCUCCUGCAGACGGGUAAAAAAAGACCCUUUGAGCUCUAAACUUCACAGAUUUAGAUCUCAUCCUGGGGUCAGAUUCUUCUUCACUGUCGCCCUUUGAAAGUGACAAAUAAUCUCUCGAUAUUUGACAUGAUGAUGAUGCUGGUUUUAAAAAAUCCUCAAAGAGCGGCUUCUCGAGUAAUUCCCAUUGUGUUCUCCAACAGAUGAUACAGCAGAGUUCAACCAAGUGAAUGCAGCUCUUAUUUCUAUCUUCAAGAUCGAUGCUAAAGGUGAGUGAGUGUGAAAUAUGACUGAACAGUCCUUUAACUCUCUUUGUAUUUUCCUCAGUUAAAUUUGGACCAGUGUCCCUACUUUCUUUUCCUAGUUUGCGAACUUCCACUGACACUGACAGAUGUCCUCUCUCUGCUGUGUCCUCCUGUCCAGGUACUCUCGGAGGCCUCUUCUCUCAGAUCCUGCAGGGUGAAGACAUCGUGAGGGAAAGAGCCAUCAAGUUUCUGUCGGGUAAACUGAAGUCUCUCCCAGAGGAGGUCAUGACGAAGGAGGUGGAGGACUAUGUGUUCACCGAGACAAAGAAGGUACGCUCACAUUGAGGUAGUUUAGAUCACGCUGCAUUUCCAGAUCUGAUAGACUAGGACUGUGAUGUUUAAAGAUUGUUGGAGUCUAAAGAUGGGGAAGUAUCUGCUGGAUGUUAAUGACUUUAUAAAAAUUUGUUGAUGCUGUUUCUUCAGGUUCUGGAGGACGUGACGGGGGAGGAGUUUGUGCUGCUGAUGCGCAUGGUGUCAGGCCUGCGGGUGCUGCAGACGGUGAACGGGCGGCAGCAGUUGGUGGAGCUGGUGGUGGAGCAGGCGUUCCUGGAGCAGGCUCUCAACCCAGCCGACCCGGACACUGUCGACCGCCUGCUUCAGUGCACGCGUCAGGCUUUGCCGCUGUUCUCAGUGAGUACGACCCUGAAACAGAGUAAAGACGGUGUUAUACAGGGUUUCUAAACUGUUUACUGUAUGUAUUCAUACCCUACUGUAUAGAAUACCUACUUUUCUAUAUUAGAACUGUGGUAAUAGUCUGGAAAGAAAUAUUUUUCCAUACUUUAAUUUUCAUUUUUCAUACUUUUUAAAACUUGGAAAUUGAUCUGACCUGGUUUUACAAUCUGGGUGUAAAUUAAUCGUGUUUUUUUCUCUCCUUUCCUCUCAGAAAAAUGUCCAUUCCACACGAUUCGUUACGUACUUCUGCGAACACGUCCUGCCAAACCUCAGCGUGUUGACGAGUCCGGUGGCUGAGCUCGACAUUCAGCUGGAGGUGAGUUAAUAUAUCAGUGCUGUCAGUCUACCUUUAGUAAUUCAGAUUAAACCUGUCUCACCUGGAGGCCGGCAGGGGUCACUUUAGGCAUGCAAAGUUUUUUCCUUAGCUGAUGUUCGGGACUUCCAGUGAGGUAAACAAUCCUCGAUCAAUUAAAAAGACGUUUCUGGAACUGAUCGUGCAUUUGAUUCGUUUCAAAAAACUAUUUUGUAUAAAAAUGACCUCACUGAGGAUGUAGACUACAUCUCCCAGGUUGCCUUUCAGCAUGAAACGAUCCUAUCACCUCCUGAGCAGAUUUCUCUUAAAUGUGGGUCAGUCAUCCACAGUUUAAGCAUCAUUGAUGUUAGAUUUAGUUUUCCGCUGUAACAACAAAGCGCUGUGGAAAAAAACCUCUGAUUUCAUCCUGAUCAAAGCCGAGACCCUUGACUGCUCCAGGUUUUUUGUCCAUCCUACAAACCAGUUCCUUUUUUUCACUCUGUAAUUCGGCUCCAAAAGUCGUUCCCGUAUCUAAAUCUUUGGCGUGAUUCAGCACCUCCUGACCAACAUGGCUGCCGGCGUGAGGUCGAUGCUCCGAAUGUCUGACAUUUGGCGAGCGGCUGUAGUAGUAAACAAAGUCAGCGUGGCAGCCACCUGUCAGAGGUGUCAGCCAACGGCACGUUGUUAACGGGUCGUUAGUCUGCACCAUGCAACACUGUUUCUCAUUAGCAAUACACAUUAGACUGUGUGUUUGUGUGUGUGUGUGUGUGUGAGGGGAUCUGCUCAGCUUCCUGUUAAUGUGUGUGCUCUCGUGUUUGUGUGUGUAGGUGCUGAAGCUGUUGGCGGAGAUGAGUCCGUUCUGUGGAGACAUGGAGAAGCUGGAGGCUAAUCUCAACAUGCUGUUCACCAAGCUGCUGGUAAGAGAACCUGAAGUCCUGAGUGACGGAGAGAAACCAGAGAGAGAGAAGACGCCUUUAAAUCCAGACUGACUCUCCACACAGUUUUUUCAGUCCUCUUUUACUCCGAGGUUUCACCGCUGUCCUCAGCAGGUUUCUUACUUCACAUCGUAUCGUUAAACCCAGAAUAUAAGUCUAUAUUCUCUAUUCUCUGAACCUGUUAAAUGUUGUCAGGGAUAGAAAAGUCUAGAUCAGCAGCAGCAGAAGCUCUGUCUGAAAUGCCGACUGAAACUUUCUUCUGGUCGACUGAAACAAGAGACAGACAUCGCCUCUUAAACCUCGACGGCGUUCCCACCUGUUGGUGGAGUCAGCUGUGCCUCGAGUUUCGUGACCUUCAUAUUUUCAAAACUAAUUAGGUGAGAAAAAAACAGAUCAGGCGCUGAGACUCUUCUGCUCGGACUUGAUUUCUGGAGCAGAGGUUGAUUCCAUGUUCCUGUUUCUCUGGGUCAGCAUACAUCUCUUAGUUUGAAUACUGGUGGACUGGUUAUACUGGUGUUUUAGACGCCAACCUUUGUGGAAACUGCGGCUUGUUGACUUUCUUCACUCUCCUGGUCAGAUUUAGUUUAAAGGUUUCGAUCAUUGAAUUCCUUUGGUGGGCUUUCUUCAUCGCCCAAGAUUUGGAGUCAACUUUAAAUCAUGUCUUUAAGUAGAAACAGCUUUAGUAAGACCACCCUGUGACCCAUUUAAUUUUAAUAAUAAAUAGACAGUAUUUCUGCGGUGCUGUCUCCAGUCACUCAAAGUGCUUUUACCCCCAAAUUCCUCGAUUUUCAGCAUCUGCUAAAUCCUACCAGAUGCGUUUGUGAGGCAAAUUGCGUGCGAAUUUUGGACAGCAGGAAUCGCGAGAACUCACAAGAACCCACAAAUUCUCGUGCAAUGGCACGAUAACCAGUUGUCUCUAUAAAGAAGCCUCAUAACCAUAUAAGCAGUAGAUUUUGUCCUUCCAGAGGAGGAAAUCCUGGGGCUGAACCUUGAAGCUACCUCUUAGUCUCAGUUUCCUUCCACAUAGUCGGCAGAGAACUUACUGUUGUUUGAGUUUUCGUCUCUAACUCAGUGUUUGUUGAUGUUUUUGCAGGAGUACAUGCCUCUGCCACCAGAGGAGGUCGAGAACGGAGAGAACCCAGCGAACGAGGAGCCCAAACUGCAGUUCAGCUACGUGGAGUGUCUCCUCUUCGGUUUCCACCAGCUGGGCAAGAAACUGCCGGACUUCCUCAUCGACAAAGUGGACGCAGAGCGCCUCAAAGACUUCAAGAUCAGGUGAGAGGGUCAGUCUGGACGAGCGUUAGAUGAUUUCGCUGACGUACAGAGGUUUAAUUAUAUUUUUUUGUUUGAACAGGUUACAGUACUUUGCCAGAGGACUGCAGGUUUACAUCAGACAGCUGCGAGUCGCACUGCAAGGCAAGACAGGAGACGCUCUGAAGACAGAAGAGGUAACGUCGUUAAAUCAAACUCCAGCACAUGAAGCCACCAGUAAUAGUUUUGUCCUCCUUUAUUUAUUCAAACAUGUAAAAGUCGAACUUGUCUUUUUGUUUUUUUCCCAGAACAAGAUCAAAGUUGUGGCGCUCAAGAUCACAAACAACAUCAACGUCCUCAUCAAGGUGAGCCGCUGAGGUUUUUCUCGUUUUCACAGCUUCUCCGACUUUUCUCCAAACUUUUCUGUUUCGUUUUGAACUGAAUCGUAAAUAAAAAGUUCAAACUCUUGUUUCUCUCUCGUCUCAUGUUUUUGUUUUUGUUCCAGGAUCUCUUCCACAACCCUCCCUCCUUCAAAAGCACAGUCACUCUGUCCUGGAAACCCGUCCAGAAGGCAGAGGCAGUAGCGUAAGUUUGCUCUCUCUUGUUCGCCCUCUCUCUCUCUCUCUCUCUCUCUCUCUCUCUCACUCUGCAGCUGCGUCUCCUUCAGGUUAAUCACCCACCGUUGUCUUUGCGUUUGCAGACCCAAGCGUCCGUCAGGAGAGGAGAUGGGACCUGGCGCCAGCACAAAAAAACAGAUCUCUCCUCAGCACAGGAGGGACGCACGGCAAAUUUACAACCCCCCGAGUGGCAAGUACAGCGCCACCAUCGGCAAUUUUAACUACGGUGAGGAGGAGCACACGGUCACAGCUGAUUUUAUUAUCCUGUAGCAUGCUCAUGUUUGAUUUCUAUCACCCUGACCAUAUUCUGACUUCCCAAAAAGAGGACACAAAGUUAAUUUUGAGAGUUUUUUAGGUCAUCAAGUGUCUUUGACGCACUUCUAACUCAGUAAGUCCAUGCGACACAAACUCAAAACAUACGUACAAAACUGUGGACAUUUAAAGGAUUUCAUAAACUUACCAGGACCGCCCUCAAAAAGAGGACGUGUCUGAGUAAAAGAGGACGCACGGUCACCCCAAACUCAGUCGCAGGAUCAUGUUUAGAAGUUACAGCAGUGACUCUUCAGGGCGUCAGGGUUCUUAGUUUAGAUGUGUGUUUACAUAAACAGGUGAUAUGAAGAUCACAGUGAGAUGAUUGACGAAGGACUGGGCGAUUUGGCAUCAAAAAAGAAAACAAAGUAUUUUGUUAAAUCGUCCGAUCUCGAUUAUUAUCACGAUUUUUUUUUUUAAACUGCCAGUUUUAAAGUAUCUGUACCAAAAACUAAAGAAACUAGAGAUUAGUUCAACAUUUUAUUAACGUACAAAGUAAAUAAUGAAGCAAAUUUAAUUAAAUAAACAUAAAAAAAUAUAUAAAAAAACAUUUUAACUCAUCAGAACAACAAAUGUAGAUAAAUAUUAAAUAAUACAGUGAGCUAGUUUACAGUCCUGAGUGUUUCUUCAGGUAUUCAAGGCCCCAAAUAAACAAAUCUCCCCCUCAGGGAUAAUGAGGACAUCUUAAACUGUAAACAUUAGAUGAUGUAAACAUAGAUGAUAUGAUUGAUUACUUUGGUCUGGUGGCUGCAUCGCUAAUUGUGGCUAAACUGCUAAUACUACUCGUACCGUCAGCAGUAACAGGUAACAGGCUGUUCAAACUCUGCCCACAUUUUCAUGCUUUCUGCAGAAUCAGGAAGAACUUCUUUAAAUGAUUAAACAGAUUUGUUGUGUUUACGGUUUGUGAGGACACUGACCGCUGACAUACCUUACACAUCGGCUUCAUUACUCGACGUCACUUUGAAGAAACCUGAACCAUCGCCACACAACCGACGCUGAAUAACUUCUCAACAAUAACAUCUUCGGAGGAUGACUCAAAGUCACGGCUGACGUCUAUUUUGCUGACCUCAGCUCCACGUUCGGUCAUUCAGUUUACUGCUCAAGACAGGAAAAGCUCGACUCUGAUUGGCUGUCACGCACAUUUCCGGCAUAUUGAUCAAUAAAUCUGCUCAAAGCUGAUCACCGUGAUCGAACUGAAAUUUAUCACGAUCAUAUAACCGCCCAGUCCUACAUUGGCUGAAAUUGUCCGUCCUUUAUUAGUCGGAGAAGUUCCCUGAUUGAUUCCUGCUCUAUAAUCCAGAUCAGGAUCAGGACUUCGCUGAAUCCGGGUUAUUUUACGACACUUACUGUAUAUUCUUGAACUGUGAACUUCCUCGUCCAUCGUCGUCAUCAUCAUCAUCAUCAUCAUCAUCAUCAUCCUCCCAAAUGUUGGUCUGUGUUGCAGCAGGAUUCGCCGUCCUGUGAUGCCGAUAUAAAUGAUGAAUUAUUCGAGUGAAUUUACGAGAUUUCUUCUUUUCGGACUGCAGAGCAGCGCGGCGGGUUCAGGGGAGGCCGAGGACGAGGAUUCGGAGCCCGAGGCAACAGGAGCCGAGGCCGGAUCUACUGAGCCGAACACACACAGUACCUGUUCUCCAUAAACUGCAUCACAUUCAGAUCUUGGACUAUUCGUCACCUCCUCCUCCUCCUCUUCUUCUUCUGUUUUUUUUUUUAAACUGGUCUCCACAUCUGUUCACUUCCUGUCACACACACUCACACACACACCCGGGUUUUUGAUUAGUCCGUUUUGGAGGGCGCUGUGGGUUUCUGCUUCCUGUCUUCAGUCACCAGACUCAGACUUUUUAACAUUGACUCCCCCUCUCAGCCAAGGCAAUAGUUCAAAGAAGGAAAUCUAAGUGUUUUUGUUUUCCUCCCUCUCUUCAUUUUUUAAAAAUAUUAUUAUUGUGUAUUUUUGUGGAACAAAAAGACUGCAAACUUGUCACUGAUGAAUAUUUUUGUCAGAACGUUGUAGGAAAAAGAUAAAGAUCCUUUUGUAUUGCAACAUGUUGAUGAAUGCAUUUCUUUCUACCGUUUUAUUUAAUCUUGUUUUCUUUUUUUAUUAUUAGAGCUUAAGUUGAAUUGGAUGACUAUGCUACUUUGUAUGAAUCAAUGAUGUUGUUUCAUUGGAUUUUUAUCAUAAACUUGUAUGGAAGUAAGAA